AUGCGUGAUCCGUUGUCUAGAUUGCAGAAUCAUGACUACUACUAUAACUCCUAUGGAAAGCUGGAGAUACACCAAGAGAUGCUGGGCGACCAGGUCCGCACCGAUGCCUAUCGUAGGGCUAUACUCGAUAACGCCCAUCUGUUCCAAGGCAAGACGGUAUUAGACGUCGGUAGUGGUACUGGCAUCCUGAGCAUGUUCGCUGCACAAGCUGGAGCUGAGCACGUAUACGGUGUGGAAUUCUCGGAGAUUGUCGAAGUGGCUAGGGCUGUCGCAGCUGCUAAUGGAUUCGGUGAUAGGAUAACGUAUAUAGAGGGCGAAGUCGAGGAGGUUGAGUUGCCCGUUGAUAAGGUUGAUAUCAUAGUAUCGGAGUGGAUGGGUUAUUGCCUGUUGUAUGAGGCUAUGCUUGAUUCGGUCCUUUAUGCUCGCGACAAGUGGCUUACGUCAGAAGGGUUCAUGCUUCCCGACCGAGCUUGUCUCUAUGUAGCGGGUAUCAGUGCGUGGGAGGAUGUCGACCUUCGCAAGCACUCCUGGGAUAAUAUGGGUGGGAUCCGGAUGAGCUGUGUGAGAGAGGAGCUUUCCACGGAACCGGUGGUUACCGACCUUGCGGUGGAUAAGGUCUGUACCUCUACUGCCUGUGCGUUGGAGUUGGAUCUCUUCUCCUGUACAUCGGCCGACUUAGCGUUCGUCGCUCAGAUCCGACUACCUUCUAUACGACGAGACAUAGUCACAGGGCUCGUUCUAUGGUUUGACGUUUCUUUUACCUUCGGCUAUGACCCUAGUGCUAUGGCGUAUAGUAUGUCCACAGGACCAGACAGUACCUCGACUCACUGGCGGCAGACAGUCCUCUACUUUGAUGACUUCUGUCCACUAGCACAUGGGGAGUACGGGUCAAAAGAUGUGCUACUGUGUACGUUGGGAAUGCGCAAGUCGCCGCGGAACCCUCGAGACCUUGAUAUCAAAGUUGUUUAUGGCUCUGUCGCCUCAGCUGGAGAGGAAUACACCAAGAUGUACAGGAUGCGUUGA